AUGGGAAAGAUCAUCUUUUACGAGGACAGGAACUUCCAGGGCCGCUCCUACGAGUGCAGCUCCGACUGUUCCGACCUGCACUCAUACUUCAACCGCUGUAACUCCAUCCGUGUGGAGAAUGGAAACUGGAUGCUGUACGAGCACCCUAACUUCAGUGGACACCAGUACUUCCUGAGGAGGGGGGAGUACCCCGACUUCCAGCAGUGGCUGGGGUUCAACGACUCCAUCCGAUCUUGCCGCAUCAUUCCCCAGCAACGUGGCUCCUAUAGAAUAAAGAUCUAUGAAAGAGAAGACUUCAGGGGAGAGAACAUGGAAUUCGUGGAUGACUGUCCCUCUGUCCACGAGCGAUUCAAUUACCAUGACAUCUACUCCUGUAACGUCAUUGAUGGGCACUGGAUCUUCUAUGAGCAGCCCAACUACAGGGGACGCCAGUACUACCUGAGACCCGGAGAGUACCGGAGAUACACUGACUGGGGGUCGGUUAAUGCCAGAGUCGGCUCCUUUAGACGUGUUAGGGAAAAUUAUUAA